UGUGAAAACCAGGACAACUCCUCAUCCCUGUGACCGAAAAAACAGGCAGGGGAGACGGUGGGGUGGAGUACAGGAAGCCGCUGUCCCUGAGUAUCCUAACAUGGGCGAAAUCUAAAAACUACAUCAAUCACUGCUUCUUUUUUCCUUUCUUUUACGGAACCAGAAGCUACGGGAUUUGUGAUACAUAUAUUUUUCCCUGGAUUGAAUUGGAGAUUUAAGCGAACAGCGUAAAGAUGUCUCGGGGAGUGAUCCAGCCCAGCCAGCAGAAACUGGCAGAAAAACUCACCAUCCUCAACGACAGAGGCAUCGGGAUGUUGACCCGUGUUUACAAUAUCAAAAAGCAAGGACAAGUUUGGAAGGCAUGUGGCGAUCCCAAGGCUAAGCCCUCCUAUCUCGUUGAUAAGAACUUGGAGUCUGCCGUUAAAUUUAUUGUCAGGAAGUUCCCUGCUGUGGAGACACGCAAUAAUAACCAACAGCUGGCUCAGCUGCAGAAAGAGAAGUCCGAGAUUCUGAAGAACCUGGCUCUUUACUAUUUUACCUUCGUAGAUGUCAUGGAAUUCAAGGACCAUGUGUGUGAGCUGCUGAACACCAUCGACGCCUGCCAGGUCUUCUUUGACAUUACGGUGAACUUUGACCUGACCAAGAACUACCUGGACCUGGUUGUGACUUACACUACUCUGAUGAUAAUACUGUCUCGCAUAGAGGAGAGGAAAGCCAUCAUAGGACUGUACAACUAUGCCCAUGAGAUGACACAUGGAGCCAGUGACCGGGAGUAUCCCAGGUUGGGCCAGAUGAUUGUGGAUUAUGAAAACCCUUUGAAGAAGAUGAUGGAGGAGUUUGUUCCACAUGGCAAGUCCCUGUCAGAUGCGUUGAUCAGUCUUCAGAUGGUCUACCCCAGGAGGAAUCUGUCCGCCGACCAAUGGAGGAACGCCCAGCUGCUCUCUCUCAUCUCUGCCCCCUCCACUAUGCUCAAUCCUGCUCAGUCAGACACUAUGCCGUGUGAAUACCUGUCACUGGACACAAUGGAGAAGUGGAUUGUUUUCGGUUUCAUCCUGUGUCAUGCGGUGCUGAACAGCGAUGCGGCAGCGUUGUCUUUGUGGAAAUUGGCUCUGCAGAGCUCCACCUGCCUCUGUCUGUUCAGGGAUGAAGUCUUCCACAUCCACAAGGCCGCAGAGGAUCUGUUUGUGAACAUCAGAGGCUACAACAAACGCAUCAACGACAUCAGAGAGUGCAAAGAACAGGCCCUGUCUCAUGCAGGCUCCAUGCACAGAGAAAGACGCAAGUUCCUCAGAUCAGCUCUGAAGGAGUUGGCAACUGUUUUAGCCGAUCAGCCUGGACUGCUGGGUCCUAAGGCAUUAUUUGUGUUCAUGGCAUUGUCAUUCGCCCGUGACGAGAUCAUCUGGCUGCUUCGACACGCAGACAACAUCCAGAAGAAAAGCACAGACGACUUCAUAGACAAACACAUAGCAGAGUUGAUCUUCUACAUGGAGGAGCUCAGAGCUCACGUCAGAAAGUACGGCCCUGUGAUGCAGAGAUAUUAUGUCCAGUACCUGUCUGGUUUUGAUGCUGUGGUGCUGAAUGAACUGGUGCAGAACCUGUCUGUGUGUCCAGAGGAUGAGUCUAUAAUCAUGUCUUCAUUUGUCAACACUAUGACCUCUCUCAGUGUGAAACAAGUGGAGGAUGGGGAGGUGUUUGACUUCAGAGGCAUGAGACUGGACUGGUUCAGACUGCAGGCCUACACAAGUGUUUCUAAAGCCAGUCUGGGUAUAGCCGAUCACAAGGAGCUUGGUAAAAUGAUGAACACUAUCAUCUUCCACACGAAGAUGGUAGAUUCUCUGGUGGAGAUGCUGGUGGAGACGUCAGACCUGUCCAUUUUCUGCUUCUACAGCCGCGCCUUUGAAAAGAUGUUUCAGCAGUGCUUGGAGCUUCCCUCCCAGAGCCGACACUCCAUCUGCUUCCCUCUGCUCUGCACACACUUCAUGUCCUGCACACACGAGCUCUGUCCUGAGGAGCGUCACCACAUAGGGGAUCGAAGCCUGUCUUUGUGUAACAUGUUUCUGGAUGAGAUGGCCAAACAGGCCAGAAACCUGAUCACUGACAUCUGCACUGAACAAUGUACACUUAGCGACCAGCUGCUUCCCAAGCACUGUGCGAAAACCAUCAGUCAGGCCGUGAACAAGAAGAGCAAGAAGGCGACAGGGAAGAAAGGCGAGCCGGAGAGAGAGAAACCAGGAGUGGAGAGCAUGAGGAAGAACAGACUACUGGUCACCAAUCUGGAUAAACUCCACACAGCAUUAUCUGAACUCUGCUUCUCCAUCAACUACGUUCCCAACUUGGUGGUCUGGGAGCACACUUUCACACCAAGAGAGUACCUCACCUCGCACCUGGAGAUCCGAUUUACCAAGUCCAUAGUGGGGAUGACCAUGUACAACCAGGCUACUCAGGAGAUAGCCAAGCCCAGUGAGUUGCUGACCAGCGUCCGGGCCUACAUGACAGUGCUGCAGUCCAUAGAGAACUACGUCACCAUCGACAUCACCCGGGUCUUCAACAAUGUCCUGCUGCAGCAGACACAGCACCUGGACAGCCACGGGGAACCCACCAUCACCAGUCUGUAUACAAACUGGUAUUUGGAGACAUUGCUCCGUCAAGUCAGUAACGGACACAUCGCCUACUUCCCCGCCAUGAAGGCCUUCGUCAACCUGCCCACUGAGAACGAGCUGACUUUCAAUGCUGAGGAGUACUCCGACAUCUCUGAGAUGCGUUCUCUGUCUGAGCUGUUGGGGCCAUACGGUAUGAAAUUCCUCAGUGAGAGUCUGAUGUGGCACAUCUCAUCUCAGGUCGCAGAGUUGAAGAAACUGGUGGUAGAGAACAUGGAGGUGCUGACCCAGAUGAGGACGAGCUUUGACAAACCCGACCACAUGGCUGCGCUCUUCAAGAAACUCACCUCUGUGGACAGUGUUUUGAAGAGAAUGACCAUCAUUGGAGUCAUUUUGUCCUUCCGCUCCCUUGCUCAGGAGGCUCUGAGAGAUGUGUUAUCCUGUCACAUUCCUUUCCUGGUCAGUUCGGUGGAAGAUUUCAAGGACCACAUUCCCAGAGAGACAGACAUGAAGGUGGCCAUGAACGUCUACGAGCUGUCAUCAGCAGCAGGUUUACCCUGUGAGAUCGACCCAGCUCUGGUAGUGGCUCUGUCCUCACAGAAAAGUGAGAACAUCAGUCCAGAGGAGGAGUAUAAGAUCGCCUGCCUGCUAAUGGUGUUCGUGGCUGUUUCAUUGCCAACACUGGCCAGCAACGUGAUGUCCCAGUACAGCCCUGCCAUUGAAGGCCACUGUAACAAUAUCCACUGCCUGGCCAAAGCCAUCAACCAGAUCGCUGCUGCUCUCUUCACCAUCCACAAGGGAAGCAUAGAGGACCGCCUGAAAGAGUUCCUGGCUCUGGCCUCAUCCAGCCUGUUAAAGAUUGGCCAGGAGACGGACAAGAUGACGACACGUAACAGAGAAUCUGUCUACCUGCUGCUGGACAUGAUCGUGCAGGAGUCUCCCUUCCUGACCAUGGACCUGCUGGAGUCCUGUUUCCCCUACGUCCUGCUGCGAAACGCCUACCAUGCCGUCUACAAACAGAGCAUCAGCGCCAAUGCAUAGAAAUACAGUAAACACACAGCAAAGGCCUGCCGUGUUGUCUGCCAUUAGAGCAUUAGUGCUCAUACAACAAAUACACACUAACAGCAAACACUAAAGACAAACUAAACACGCUAAACUAUGCCUACAAUGCCUCAGCGUACUAUUCUGACAACAAAAACACCCAUCAGUGUCGACACAAACACAAAAAUGUCGACACGUAACAACACUAAACGUGUAGCAUUUAAAGUCCACUCUAAAUACAGAACAAAUACUGUAUACUAAACGCCAAAAGAACACGUAAAACACACACAAUUCAUUGCACAAAGGCGACAAAAAGAAACACUGAAAUUAGACAAAUAUGAGCAGAAACAUUAACACACAUAAAUACACACUAGCUGGAUGAAGUUGGGGGAUCAGUGUCUUUAUUUUAAUCAUUGUACUUUUUUCAUGAUGUUGCCAGGGACCAUAACCAUAGCAACACAUAUUACCAUAUGUUUGGUUGGUAUAAAAGAACAAAAAUAUAAAUAUAUAGUAUAUAUAUAGUUGACACUAAAAUAUUCUCUUUUUUGUUUGUUGUUUUUCUUUUUUAUUUUCCAAUGAAAGGUUUGAGAUUUUUAGUGGCCAGCUGAUGACUUUAUGUGGUGAUGGAUUUGGAUGCUUACUUUGGGAAUGCAAAUGGUUCUGAUGUGAUGUGGGGUUUUUUUUCUUUUUUUUUUCUUUUAUUGAGGAGGGAGGGAGGAUUUCUGUGUUGAUAAUGAAAGACAUGUUGCUUGUUCAUGUAAGUUUACACUUAAAUGCACACAUACACACACACACACACACACACACACACACACAUACAUAAAGACAUCUUUAGCAGAUUUAAAACUACAAACACACUAAUCUUUCAACAUUUCAUGGUGAACACAAACGCAGACAGACACACACUUGUAUAACAUGGUGAUGUUUUCUUUCUUUUUUCUAGCUAGUCGUAACAAACUUUUUGUGGGUAAAGAUAUAAUAUCUGUAUUCUACUUUGAUGUGAACUGAACUCGUCUGUUUUUAAUGUUCAUGUUUUGUUAUUUUUAUGAUGAAGACAAUGAUGAUGAUGAUUUGCCAAAUGUGUUGACACUAAAAAUUGUGUAUCAGGGCUUGGAAGUGGUGGAGUGUUUGGGUAUUAAUGGGUGAAAUGCCAUUUUAAAUGACGAUUCUGGAAGCAAUCCGCCUGACUCUGUGGCAGCUCGGUUAACAGAAGAGGUCACACAAGAACUUUUGCAGUGGGAACAAAAAUACUGCAGUAAUACUACAGUAUAGGCAUGGAGCGGGUGUCCCAUCCAGCUGUCAAAGACCCUCAGUACACCUGCAGAUAUUCCCCUCAGCUGUUGUUGGGCAACUCUCCCGAUUAAGUAAAGGCUUCUCAAAAUGCUGAAAUGUUCAAUUUUCACCUUAUUUAAUUGAAGGAAAUUUAACUGCUUUUCUUAUUUCCAACCAGCUGUUGAGAGGUCAUCAUCUACACUCCUGUGGUUUGAUAAACACGUUAUUACUUAACUUUAAUAGGAACAAUAAAAGUAAAUUUCCAACCAAUUCCUCUGCAGACAAACAACUAAAUCCUAAUUUAUCUCAGACCUGUGAAAGUCUACAAAAACCUGCCGUUGCAAUAAUAAGACAAAAAAUAAAUAUAUAUAUGUAUAUGUACUCUGUUGGUGAUAUGAUCACUGGGUUUGUAAACAGCGGUCGAUGGGGCAUCCUCCAAUGAACUUUCCAUGUGAGCGGUUACAUUUUUGCGACGGUUGUUCAGGACCUUUUUAGGGCAGACAGCCUCCAGACAGACGGACGACUUUUACAAAGUGCAGUCUCAUUUAUUUUAUUUUUUAUUUUUAUUUUUUCAAUCAAGGCAUGGCAAGGGCUACAUAUUGAGACACACACAAACCAUGCUCCCUUUAUGCCAGCCUUCUGCUAAUGUUUUACUAACACCAGGGCUCUGUCUGAAAGCUCAUACUGCAUACUACUUAGAACUGUACUUUUACAUCGGGCAGUUUAAAGAUAAAGUCCAGAGGCAGCUGCUGCAGUUGCGAAGUGAAGUCACAUUUAGAGUAUGUAGCAGGAAUACACUAAAGUCUAGUAAAUGAAGUGUCUACACUUCACAGUAGAUAACAUGUCUGUUUCUGCUGUGCCUAGUCAGUAGUAUGUAUUAUAAGCAUGCAAAGACAGAUUCAUGGACACAUUCUGCCAUUUGAUGUGGAAUGGUUGCUGUUUUCUUUCUAACCUCUUUUUUUUUUGUCUCUAAUUCCACCGUGUAACUUAAAUGACAUGAAUAAAAUAAACUUUAGGGCUGUGUCAGACCUGA